AUGGGCAAGAACAAACGUGGUAGACGUGGAAAGAAGUCGAAUAGACGAAAGGUAGUCGCGACGGGCGCGCCCAUAGAAUCGGCAGACAAGGUGUGCAGCUGUGCUGAGCACUACCACAGCGACGAGUACUAUGACUCAGACGAGUUGGACUACAAGAGAAGGAAGAAACCUGCCGACCCUCUUCCGGCGCUAGCAGAUCCGGCCGACCAGGCGAAUUCUAAUGGGGAGCAGCAUGGCUGCACCACGCAGCAGGCGAAGUGUAGUGAAGAGGCUCAGGACGAAAAUACGCUGCAGGCGGGUCCUACUUGUGACCGAGACGCCAAGAAGACGAGGCGCCGAAGGAGACGCGGGAAAUGUGCGGACGCUCUUCCGCCACAGGAAGAAGCCGCGCCUCAGUCCGUGGAGCAGCCACUGGAAGAAACAGCAGGCGUAGUGAGCGAGAAGAAGAAACGGAGGAGGCGCCGCAAAUACGCAACGGCUUCCCCCCAUGCCAGUGAAGACGGAGCCAGUGGCAGUGGAGGGGGGAGCCGGCCAGAACAAGCACCAGCUGUGGCAGGAGGCUUCAGCAGCCUGAAGCAGCUGGAGGAGCAGGUGAUUGCCGACUUGAGGAGGCUCUUCACCGACCACAGGCUGUCUGCCACCGUCCUGGAGUCGCUGCUCAAAGCGACCAAGUAA